AUUCCUCGUAAUCAUACUUCUGCAAAUCAAAAUAUCUUAAAGAUCAAAAAUGGCGUCCCAGAAUCAGCGUUACAGAGCCGGUGAAGCCACAGGCCAAGCUGAAGAGGAAACCAAACAGACCGGCAGCUACAUGUCGGAGAAGGCCGGAGAGGUAAAAGAGAAGGCGUCGCAGAUGGGUAAGUCUACAAAAGAGACGGCGGAGGCCGGGAAAGAGAAGACCGGAGGGUUGAUGCAGCGGACAGGUGAGCAAGUGAAGAGCAUGGCUCAAGGUGCUGCUGAUAAGAUGAAGCAGUCAUUUGGUAUGGCCGGCAGCGGCGAGGAGGAUGAUGAGUUGGUGCUGGGUCGUGGGUGACAACACCGCUGCUGUUGCCACCGGCACCACCACUGCAAGUACUACUAGGAGGAAUAAACUACUGAUCGUGAUAUGAAUUUGUUUCCUUAAUCUUGUUAAUUGUUGUUGUAAUGGCGUUUUGUCAUGUCAUGUGUAUGAACCGGGUCGGUUUUUAGGUUCGGGUUCAGUAGAUACCAUGGCGAAGUGGUGGAAAUUUAUGCAUGAAUGUUUCUUUGUUCUGAAUAAACGUUAAAAAAUGAAUGGUGAAGGAUUGGCUAUUUGAUAUAA